AUGAGCACUGUGCUCCUCCAAACGUUUCGUGCCUGGACUGUGUCGGGUACCAGGUGCCAGUAUAUCAGAGGGAUAGUUGACAGUGGAAGUUCACGAACGUUCAUCCGGGAAGAUCUAGCAAGGGAGCUCGGUUUGAAGGAGGUAGCCCAAGUUUGGAUCGGAAUUAACACGUUCGCCUCAGACUCGGAGUGUCGGCCCGCAAAACAAAGCGUUGUGGAAGUGACUGUGCGAAGCCAGUACACCCACGAAGACGUCAAGCUAGCAGCCAUCGUCAUACCAGUGAUAUGCAGAGAUAUCCAGGAAUCGCCGGUGGACAACGAACACGUACUUGCACUUCAGGACUGUGGUGAACUAAUCGCCGAUGUUGUGGCUUUUCCUGGUAUGCGGCAACUAAAUGGCAUCAGUCUGCUUAUUGGAUCCGAUCAAGUUUGGAAGCUGAUCUCCGGCGAAAUUCGCCGCUACGGGAAGCAGGAAGAGCUCGUUGCCAUCGAAACGAUAUUGGGAUGGACGUUCCAAGGCCCAAGCCAAGUGAAAGCUCUCGUCGCGCAACAAGCAGACAGCCUCAUAUGCGUGCUGAGAACAAACGUGAACUGCGUGCUUCUGCAAGAUGAAGAAAUAAGGCAGAUGUGGGAAAUCGAAAAUGCAGGCAUCAACGAAGGCGCCCCACCGACGCUAUUGACGAGUAACGUGCUAGCAGAGUUCCAGCGCACUGUAAAGAUGGCAAACGACAGUUAUGAGGUGCGCCUCCCAUGGAAGAACGUCGACGUCCCACUGCACGAUAACCGUGCUGUCGCAGAAAGGAGACUGAAUCGAUUGGUGAAACGGCUCGCCGUGAACGACGCCUUGGUAAGAGAAUACGACAAGAACAUUCGCGCGUAUUUGUUGAACGACCACGCGGAACCAGUACCUAUCUCAGAGGCAAAGACACCUGAACGCAUCUACUACAUGCCUCAUCGUGAGGUCAUCCAUCCCGAGUCUACGACUACGAAAAUGCGGGUGGUGUUCGAUGCUUCAUCGCAUUCUGGCAACUGCACAUCGCUCAACGAUCACUUGGAAAAAGGGCCGAAGGUUCAACCUGACUUGUUAGAUACGCUACUCCGUUUCAGAACGCAUCCGAUUGGAAUCACUGCAGACAUCGAAAAAGCGUUUCUGCAAAUCAGUGUGGACGAACGCGACAGAGAUGCGUUACGUUUUUUGUGGUUUGAUCAGGUGCCACUUCGACAAACCAUUACAUACAGCGCCAAAAUGGUGGAAUGGCGCAUGCGGCGGGUGCCUUUUGGGUCAUCGGCCAGUCCGUUCCAGCUAGCAGAGACUCUGGAGCAUCAUUUUCGUAAAGUCACCGGCGACUUAAAGGACACUGCAGACGUCUUGGCGUCUUCAUUCUACGUGGACGACUUGGUGACUGGAGCACAAGACUUGGAGUCAGCAGUGAAGCUUUACAACGCCGCCAACGAGGUCAUGAAAACGGCCCACAUGCGUCUGCGGAAAUGGACGUCCAACUGUUCAGCGCUUGAAGGCGUUUUCAGACAUGAAGAGGAGAGCAGUACGAACAACAAUCCAGUUACAAAAGUGCUUGGAGUUGUUUGGGACAAAAGGAACGACACACUUGCGUGCAGCUUGGGCUCAAUUGUUAAAUCGGUGCAUGUUGCAGGCACCAAGCGAAACGUACUCCAAGCAUCGGCUAGGAUUUACGACCCUCUUGGCUUUCUACACCCUUUCACGGUUCGAGCAAGAAUGAUUUUUCAGGCCUUGUGGGUUGAGGAGGUUUGCUGGGAUGCGGAGAUGCCAAGAGACAAGCAGGACCAGUGGAGUCAAUGGUGCAGGGAACUACCGGAACUGGCUGAGGUCAUCGUGGAUCGCUGUAUGUUCCCCAGUGGUUGCAGAAACCCUCAACUCCAUAUCUUCUGCGACGCCAGCCCGAAGGGUUACGGUGCUAUAGCGUACCUCCGAAGGCAGAACGAAGACGGAUCGACGACUGCUACAUUUGUUCUCGCGAAGACACGAGUAGCACCGCUUAAGCAGCUGACUCUGCCACGUCUAGAGCUGAUGGCGGCGUUAAUCGGCUCAAGAAUGAUGCACUACUUGAAAAGAAUUUUCAUCGGCAUUGAAUUUGAGGCCUUUAUGUGGUCCGACUCGAUGAUUGCCCUCUGGAGGAUCAGAAGACCGCCUACAGAAUGGAAACAGUUCGUAAGCAACCGUGUCGACGAAAUUCAACAAAAGACUGAUCGACGGAGAUGGAAGCAUUGUCCUGGAACAGAGAACCCCGCAGAUUAUCUAACCAGAGGUGUAACGGCAGAAACACUAAUUCGCAGCAACGUCUGGUGGCACGGACCCGAUUGGUUACUCCUCGAGCCAUCAAGCUGGCCAGACGACGACCUCGAGUGGGACACCAGAGCAGAUGACGAAAGGAACCGGAAAGCAAACAUCUUACACACUUCGGUUUCGUCAGGUCCACCGCCAAUUGAUACAGCCAAGUACAGCACUUAUCAACGACUGAUAAGAGUUACUGCGUGGGUCCUUCGUUUUCUGAACAACAUGCGGAAGCCGGAAGACCGACAAUCCAGUUGUUUGGUUGAUGAAGAAAUGAAAAGAGCGGAGAAAUUCUGGGUGCAGCAGGCCCAAGCGGAACACUAUGCGGAAGAAAUUGCUCAGCUUCAGACGGAUCAGACGGUAGCACCGGAAUCCAAACUCGCCGCGCUGCGACCCUACCUCGAUGACAGCGGGAUUAUUCGUUUGCAGACACGGCUACAGUACGGUUCAGAAGCAGAGGACGUGAAAUGCCAUGUCAUUCUUCCACGCGAACAUCACUUCAUGAAGUUGGUCGUCGAUCAAGGUCACAGGAGGACCCUGCAUGGUGGACUACAGGAUACAUUAAACGACAUACGAGGGCGCUGGUGGAUUCCACAGGGCAGACAAAUAACAAAGAAAAUUAUAUUUCGAUGUGCCACCUGCUCACGUCAUCGCCUGCAGGCGGCUUCAGCUCCGACCGCCCCAUUGCCACCUGAGAGGGUUGUUCGAAACCAACCGUUCGAGGUAGUGGGAGUGGAUUUCGCGGGCCCAGUAAUGGUGCGCUCCGGAAGUGGAACAUCGAAGUCAUACAUUGCUCUUUUUACGUGCGCUACCACGCGGGCAGUGCAUCUGGAACUUGUCUCGGAUCUCACUGCGAGGUCAUUUCUUUUGGCGAUCCGUCGUUUUAUCGCCCAUCGAGGACUUCCCACUACAGUGUACUCGGACAACGCACUCACCUUCAAAAAAACGUCUCGUGAGAUUCAACAGCUCCAAAGCAACGUCCGGAAGAAUGAAGUGCAGGACUAUUUCGCCAAUCAUAGAAUAAAGUGGAGGUUCAUAGCCGAGAAGGCAGCGUGGUGGGGUGGAUGGUGGGAGAGAUUGGUCCGCACCAUGAAGCAAUCUCUCCGAAAAGUCCUUGGGCGACAGUCCUUAACCUUCGAGGAAAUGAUGACCGUUUUACAAGACGCCGAGGCUUCGAUAAAUUCAAGACCUCUCACAUAUUUACAUGCAUCGCCGGAUGAACCAGCUGCGUUGACGCCUGCUCAUUUGUUGAUUGGCCGACGAUUGGUCGCACUUCCAAACGGUCAAGAUCAAGCACCGCCGCGGUCGACAGUGACAGAUCUUUCCCGCCGAUGGCGAUAUCGGCAGAGAGUAUCAGACCAUUUCUGGAAACGAUGGCGCACGGAUUAUCUUCUUCACCUGAGGUCCGCCCACAUCUCCAAGCCGGUGGGGUACCACACAUUGAAGUAG